AUGUCUGGUCGUGGAAAGAAGGUUGUAGCGGCUGCUAAGUCCAAGCCCACUGUGUCCCGCUCCACACGUGCUGGGCUUCAGUUUCCGGUCGGCCGCAUCGCACGUCUCCUGAAGAAAGGCAACUACGCGCACAGGAUUGGUUCCGGUGCUGCUGUUUACCUCACCGCUGUUCUGGAGUAUCUGUCCGCGGAGGUACUGGAACUUGCCGGAAACGCCAGCAGAGAUAACAAGAAGAUGCGCAUCGCUCCACGCCACAUUCAGCUGGCGGUGAGGAACGACGAGGAGCUGAACACGCUGCUGGGUGGCGUCACCAUCAGUGAAGGAGGCGUGCUGCCCAACAUCCAGGCCCAACUCCUGCCCAAGAAGACCAAGGCACCCCGAGAGGCCAACACCAGCAAGGACGUUCAGUCCCAGGAAUUUUAAAGACUUAUCAAAUAUGUGCACUUGUGAUUUAUUUUAAUGUUUUUAAAUCAAUAAACGUGAUGUAUUAAUUUA